AUGAAGUACGAAAUUGAGGAGAGCACUGUGAAGAAGAAGAUAAAGAACCUGCGAAGUGCUUUUCAUCGAGAACAUUCCCGUGUGACCAGUACGAAAAGCGACUCAGCGACUAAUUUGGAAGACAGAAAAUGGUUCGCGUAUGAAUCGUUAAAAUUCAUUCUCGAUGUGACGGAGCCACGUGCAGCAAUGGCCAGCACAGUUGUCAUUGAUGAAGGUGAAACUGAUCACAGCAAUGCUGAUGUGGUGAAUGAACUUUGUACGCCUUCUGUGUCCUUUGUCACUUCUGUGGCAAAACCAGAGCCAAGAAUGAAGAAAAUUAAAUUGGAUCCCAUUGCUAGACAGAAAGACCCAUUACACAUAACCCACUCAUUUUCGGAGAGGUCUAGCAGCAAAUCAGAGCAAGAAAUCCCAACAAUUGUUAAAGUGUGGUGUGAAAAACUAUUAACUCUGGACCCUCAGCAGAGGAUAUUUGCUGAAAAAGCAAUUAAUGAUGUGCUUUUUGAGGCUUCCCUCGGUACGCUGCAUAGACAUUCAGUGACAAUAAACAGCAGCCCUUUGCUGAGUAGUCCUUCAGUUUCAUUACCAAGAAAAACAUUCUGUGCUUCAUGUUCCGCCUCAUUGGCAGUAGGAACUAAAGAGUCGUCUCAAGAGGCUAAGGAUACUGAAAAAGACAGUACAUCUUAAAUUUCCAAAGAUAAUCUGUAUUCAACAUUGUAAUUAGUUUUCUAUACUUUUCUGUA